AUACCAGAGGGGCUCGCUUGUCUCAGUAUAAUCAAAAAAAUAUAUAAUUUCAAUUCUCACAAUACCAAUUUGGACGAAAAUUGACAAUAAAUCAUCGAAUUGCACUCUUUUGAUUAACCUUUUUAUUGUGUAAGUUAGUUGUAAUUUGGUAGGAUUUCUAUUGGUUUUACAUUACUGGUAUUAUUGGUGCCAUUACAAACAGAAAGUGAGACAAAUUGUUGAUAUUUUUAAAAUGCCGAAAUGUUACCAUCAACUGGGCUAUUUAAAGCAAUUAAUUGCCCAUUCUAUGAUGCUGAUACUUGUCUAAGACCGUUUUGUCACUUCCGCCACAACAAAAAAGACAAUGAUACGAAGAAAGUCACAACAAAUCCAGCAAUUGUAUACAAUGCGACACCGUUGAACCAAUGUGGACAGCCAAAAAUUCAAAUACUCGAACCGCCUGCGGUAUACAAGCCUACACCAAAAAGCUUAUUAGCUUCAUCUUCGACAUACAGUCCGCCGGUGAAGAAACCCAAAUUGGAAUAUGUGCCCAAAUCAAAGUCCAAAUGCACCAGCAUUGCAACUUAUGUCCCGUCGACCUCUAUCAAAUCGAACAGCGAUAAUGAGUGUGAGGCGCCGAAGACUGGUUGGGACUACCUAUCCGAAAUCAUAGAUACGGACUCAUCGCCAAAUGUCACUGUAGCUCCAACUUAUGUACCAACAAAGAUUCGUCGUUCAACUAGCGACGACAGCACCAAAACCACUGAUAAAGUUUUGAGAUUAACGGAUGGGGAAGAUGAUCUAAAGUCAUCGGAAGACGGGAGUGUUGUUAAGCCAACGGAAGCUGAGUAUGUUGCUGAACCAACGGAAGGAGAGAGUUGGUCAACGGAAGACAAAAACGUUGUAAAGGCAACCGACAGUGAGAACGUUGUAAAAGCAGCCGAAGAUGAAAAUGAGAACAAACCCUUGCCCAAGGAUGACGCUGAACGAAAACGAAGUAGAAGUAAGUCAGAAAAGAACAAAUCUCGGCACGAUCGUCAUAAAACCAGUUCCAAGUCCUCCGCGCAUUCCCAUUCGCAUUCGAGCAGUUCCAAACACGGGACCUCGUCGAAAAUGUCAUUGGAACGAAGCAAGUCAUCCAAAUCAUCCACGCACCGUAGUUUGCCCGACAAAAGUAAAUCACAUUCGUCCAGAUCUGAUUCCAAAUCGUCUCUCACUAAAAGUGGCAGAGAGUCGAAACAGUCGUCCACAACCACAAAAUCAACGAAAUCGUCGUCGAAAACAGCAGCCAAUCAGCAUGAUAACAAUGGAUCGAAGAAAAAAUCCAAAUCGAGCGGUAGUUCAAGUGCAUCGGUGCUGGUAGACACAACUUCCAUCAAUUCGGACUGCAAUGUGUCACCUUCGUCGGUCUUCGAUACAGACAGCGAAGAAGACGAUGUUAUGGCCCAGUGCCGAAUGAUAUUUGAAGAGUUCAAGGAAGUCUCUAAAAAUGGGAAAUCAGAUGAGUUGAUGAAUGGCAGUGGUAAACGCAAAAGCAUCGAAGAGCCAAUGGAUGUGGUUGCGUCCGUUGAUGAAUCGACUCGCAAAAAACGUGUUGCAUAUGACAAGGCUGAAAAACUGCGUUCCGAUUCUAAGAAACCAGUUGUUGGCAUCGAUCAUAAACGUAAUGCAAUGCAUCAAACUUACAAACGUUAUGAGGAUCAACGGGAGUUGGACCGAAAGCGAGAAAAGGAAAGGGCCGAAAUGGAUGCUAAAAAGCAGUUAAUCGAAGCCACGAAGGUAGCUGCUUUAAAAGUUGCAACAGCAACGUCGCUCCGUUUACCAGUAUCCGUUACGAAGCCAUCCUAUCAGACUACCACAUCAACCAGUACAGCAACAUCGUCGCCAUCGACUAGCUCCGUUCUGACGCCACUCAUUCCGCAUGCAAUGCGUCCGCCAGCAUUUCGGUCCGGCCAGCGCACUAUCAUACCCGUUAACAAUUUUGCAGCCAUGCAACGUGCGAAAGAGAAAAUCGAUCAAAUGAAAGCGGCUAAAGGAAUCACUGUCGCACAGUCGGCUUCGAAAAUGACCGGACGGAUUGCUCAUGCCAACAAAGCGAUUCAGAAUACUGAUCGACCUGCACCGCCAGUCUUGGAGGCAAGUGCAACCAAAAUUUCAUACAAUAUUCGAAUGCAGUACUACAAUAUGAUGGUGAAGCAUUGCCAAACAAUCUACGACAAUUGCGAUGAUGCAUGGGAAAGAGCUCAGACCGAGGAAUUAAGUGUUUUCCGGAAAUGCAGUACACCGGUUAUUUACAAAAGUAGCGCAUUGCUAGCAAUAAACAAAUUACGAAAGGAGUCAUUAGAUGCCGGAAAUAUUAAUACGGAAAAAAACAAUGUUGUAUCGCAUGACGUUAUUUUAGCCGGAAAACUGGGACAAAAUACGACGUGGAGCGUUAAUAAGAAAUUAAGAGCCGAUGCAUCUGGUUCGAAAAAUAUUAUCGAUGCGGUUUCGGGUGAGAAAGCUUUCGAAAUGAUUUAUGAUGUACGUAUAACGGAAGAGCAAAUGCGAGAGAAUGGCUAUCCCCGGCCGGGCCAUCGAAAUGGCAUGGCGAAAAUUUAUAAGGCACCGCCAGCUGCACCGAAUUCUUUAACGGAUCGAUAUUGUCGACGAUGCGGAAAGAUGUUCAGUCUGGAGCACUAUGAUGAGAUAGCUGUUGACGAAUGCAAUUAUCAUCCGAAAAGUCCGGGCUUUCGUAGAGGCUUUGCCGAUAAUGCCCAUCGUUGCUGUCAACAACCGGCCGGCUCUCCAGGAUGUAUGUAUGCCAACUACCAUGUCAGUGAAUACAUGGACUACAACAACUUAACGGGUUUUAUUAAAACAAUACCAAGAAGCGAAGACUAUAUACCUACACGUAAGGACAUUUAUGCACUUGAUUGCGAAAUGUGUUACACAACUAAUGGACUUGAGUUGACACGUGUCACUGUUGUUGAUAUAAAUCAGAAAACUGUAUACGAUGCUCUUGUGAAACCGGAUAACAAAAUCAUUGAUUACAACACAACAUAUUCUGGUAUUACGGAAAAGUUGUUGGAAAAUGAAACGAGAACGUUACGUGAUAUACAAGCGGUGCUGCUAUCAAUGUUUCAUUCGAAAACCAUUUUGAUUGGCCACAGUUUGGACAGUGACAUGAAAGCCUUAAAGUUAAUUCAUGAUGUUUACGUUGACACAUCUAUAUUGUAUCCGCAUAAAAUGGGACCGCCGAAGAAACGUGCACUGAAAACGUUGUGCAUUGAAAAUCUGAAAAGAAUUAUUCAAGAGGAUGAUUCUGGUCACGAUAGUGCCGAAGAUGCUGAAGUUUGCAUUCAAUUAGUAAAACAUUAUUUUCGCAACCGAAUCACAUAGUCGAAUGAUCUUGGAGACUUUUGUUUUUAUUUAUUUUUUUUUGGUCACAAGAAGCAUUUUGUAAGUAGCUAAAAUUGAAAUAAAUUGAAUUUUUUUUGUAUUCGGAAACC